CACACCUACAAAUUGUGAAAAAAUCUUGCAUACUGGUUUAGUACGUUGUGUCAGCUACGACACUAAACAACCCAUAAAUUCAUCGACGCUCGCUUGCUCACCUGCUUGGCCGCGAUAAGAUCCGUUGAGACAGUGUAAACGUUGGAGGAAAACUAAACGAACGAAACAAGUAAUAAUGAAGACCCAGCUGAUCUUGUUGCUGGCCUGUGUGGCUUUGGUUGCGGGUAAAUUCCAGAUACGUACAGCUCAGGAUGCACUCGCCGCACACGAAGCGUGCCAUGAUGAGUUUCGCAUUCCGGAAGAUAUUUACGAGAAGUAUUUGAACUACGAGUUUCCACCACACAAACGCACCAAUUGCUAUGUGAAGUGUUUCGUCGAGCGGAUGGGUCUCUUCACCGAGGAGAAGGGUUUCGACGAGAAAGCCAUUAUUGCGCAAUUCACAGCGAAGAGUUCAAAGAAUUUGGCUAAAGUAUCCCAUGGCCUGGAGAAGUGCAUCGAUCACAAUGAGCACGAUUCGGACACCUGCACCUGGGCUAAUCGCGUGUUCUCCUGCUGGAUAUCCGUGAACCGACCGAUUGUGCGCAGAACUUAUAUUGAGAACUAAGCACUCGAUCCGGCAUUUGUGAUUGCUUAACUGUUAAGUUAAUUGUUUCAAAAAUUGUUUUUAUUCGCGUUUGAAAAUAUAAAAAAGGGAGGAAAUAAAUAAAUGUAAAUAUUUCGUUUAUUAUUUGUGAGCUGCA